AUGUCCUCUAGUGUAGGUGGGUGGCGUGACAGAAAUAGCAUCGACAUCGCAGUGGCCGACGUGAACGGCAGUGAAGCCGACGGACAGCUCCAGAGACUUACGUACAGUCGGCGUCCGUGUGAUUACUUAGCGUAUAGAGCCGUCCACGCUUUCAAUGGGGGCAGCGCGUAUACGGGACGCGAAAAAAUGGACUUGCGGGUCGCAAAGACUGAUACAAAUCGACGGGUGGACUCUCAAUGCCCUAAUACCGGUAAUGGAGGAUACCUCGAAAGUCGGCGAGCGUACCUCGGCGGUGCGGCCGCGUGGGAAUGCGGCGAUGCGAAAUAUCUAGAUUACAUUCAGGCGCAGCCGGUGCCGGGGCGCGGUGCUUUCGUAACGUCUGGC